AUGGCACUGGCCAGUUCGCUUCCUAGCAAACCAGCACCACUGCACUCUGGAGAAGUUUCUGCAGCAAGGGUGGAAGUGCACCAGAGCAAGCUGGAUUUCUUCUGCAAGCUGGGCUAUGGUAAGCAGGACAUCUGCAAAGUGCUGGAGAACCUGGGACAAGAGGCCCUGGAGGAUGAUGUGUUGAAAGAACUGAUUCGGAUAGGGAGCAAACCUCAGGCUCUGGAGAGCCAAGCUCAGCCUUCUGCACUAAAACUUGUUGCCCGUGGAUCUUCUAGCACUACACCAGGGUCAAAGUGGCUUGAAGAAGGUGAAAGUGAUUCUUCUGAUUACUUGCGACCCAUUGUGAUUGACGGCAGCAAUGUUGCAAUGAGUCAUGGAAACAAAGAGGUGUUCUCCUGCUGGGGGAUCCAGCUGGCAGUGGAUUGGUUUCGAGAGAGGGGGCACACAUACAUCAAGGUUUUUGUCCCACUCUGGAGGAAGGAGCCCCCUCGCCAAGAGAGUCCCAUUGCAGAUCAGCACAUCCUUGAAGAGCUUGAGAAGCAAUCGAUCCUUGUGUACACCCCAUCCCGGAAGGUGAAAGGCAAAAGGGUCGUUUGCUAUGAUGAUCGCUAUAUAGUGAAAGUUGCUUAUGAGAAAGAUGGAGUCAUUGUUUCCAAUGACAAUUAUCGGGAUCUCCAGAAUGAAAACCCUGAGUGGAAAUGGUUUAUUGAGCAGCGACUACUCAUGUACUCAUUUGUCAGUAACAGGUUUAUGCCUCCUGAUGACCCAUUAGGCCGGCACGGACCCACUCUUAGUAACUUCCUCAGCAAAAAGCCAGUGCUUCCUGAACCAAAAUGGCAGCCUUGCCCCUAUGGUAAAAAAUGCACCUAUGGCAAUAAAUGCAAAUUUUACCACCCGGAGAGACCGCCCCAAGCUCAGCUCACAGUUGCUGAUGAGCUCAGGGCUAAAAUAAAUGUCCCGUUGAGCUUGGGGAAAGAGGAAGAGCCAUCCAGGACCGGAGGAGAGCCUGUGUCCUGUGCUGCCUGCACAGGAACCCUGCGAGAAGGUAGCAGCUGCACAGGAGCUUCCUGUUACCCACGGUGGUCCCAAGGGAGAUGUCCUGAGCAGCCUUCCAGUGCCUGGGCCAGCAGCCCUGGCUCUGACAUGUGUCUGGACCAACGCUUGCUGCAGCAGGAGCCAUGGCAAGACCAUCCACUCCUGGAGAAGAUGUCAGCGCUAUCCAUUGGUGAUGACACCUACAGCUACAACUGGUCCAUACAUACACGUCAGGACAGAGGGGUGAUGGACAGCCCUCAGCAGUUCAGCGACCUCAGACACAACCCAUACACACUUCAUCACUCCCAUAGCUUGGACCACACCAGUUUACCAGGAUGCCCUUUCCAGCAAACGGUGCUCCCUCUGGUGCCGGGUGGGAUGUGCCCAGAUCACAGCUGGCCCCAGGAGUGCUGCAGCACGCACAGGAGCCACUAUGCCCCUGAUGGUGCUCAGCACAGACAGGCCCUGGGGACCCAGCACCACAUUUUGCCGCAGUCUUCAGCUCUUCCCCCUGACUUGCCUCACUCUUAUAGUGAGCAUCACCUGCAACAGCAGCAGCAGCAUUGCUUCCCCAGCCAGCCCCCACAGCAGCCCUUCAUGUUAGACACCAGAAAUGGACUGGGCUUCUGCCAGAAAACCCACACAUACCCCAGUGCCUCUUACAGCGACCACUGGCCCACUCCAGUUGUAAGGCCACCCUCUGCCCAGCAACCAAACAUACACAGGGAGCUGUGCUCCCUUUUCCCUUACAGUGAUGUGAACCAUGUCAUGGCUUUGUACCCCAAUAUCAAGGAUAUUGCUAUAUUGACUUUACUGAUUCAAAGACACAGAAGUUUGUGAAGCCUCCAGAUCAAACCUUUCCUGACAAG